CGUUAAUUUUGACCAAUCAAAAAAAAAACUACUCUGACGUAACUAACAAAAAUUGACAGAGUAAAGAACACAUCAAAAAACUAAAUAAAUUCAGUUUCACGUCGUAAAUUUUUGGAAAAGUCAAAAUUUAAAAUUGUUAAGUGCCGCAAAAAAGUUCACGCACGAUCGUAAUGUAAAAAACCUCGUGCUCAUCUACCCACAGUUGGAGGUUACAUUUUUGACAGAAAUCAAUUUGGAAGCCAAAAUUGUCAGUCUCUUAAAACGAACGGCGUAAAUUUUUUUUCAUUCAACCCCUCAAUAUGAUGCGUCUAGGUUUUAAUAUGUUUAAGCCUUUUCGGCAACAUUUAACGUACUUUUCCAACAAUUUAUCAAAUAAGAAAGGUCUUGUUCUUGGGGUUUACACUGAAGAAGGAAAACCUUUCAAAUUAACAGCCGCCGCUGAAUAUUACAACAAAGUUUCAAACGGACAACUCGUGAAACAUAUAGAACUGUCAGUGAAUAUUGCUAAAAUAAUAUAAAAAGACUUAAAUAUAAAAAUGGCAUCGACUCGUGAUGGUCGUAGUAGCUCUGCUUCAUCACACAGUGGCACAUCGGCUCCUCCAACAACCCGUUCAUCAUCCAUUCGCACCCCAAAACGUCAACGAUCAACAAACGUCUCGUUAGAUGAUAGUACCGUUGAUUUGCAAUGCCCGAUUUGUUUUAACUUAAUCGAUGAGGCCCACAUAACGAAGUGCGGCCACACUUUUUGUUAUAGCUGCAUAACGAAAGCUUUAGAACCCGCGAAACGGUGUCCGAAAUGCGGCGCUUCCGUCACAAACACCGACAUCAUCCCGAAUUUCCUUUUAAACAAUUUAAUCAAAAAGCACAAGUUACGAUUAAACGGAUUAGAAGCGUUAGGUUUAAAUCGGGAUAGUUCGACGGAGUUUUCGGGCCCCGCGGACGGGUUAAAAGAUUUUAUCGCAACCGAAUCGCAAAAUUUAACUUUACCCGAUGUGAAUGUGAUGUUGGAAAUUUUAACGCAACGCAAGCAGUUAUUAGAGGCGGAAUCUUGCGCUGCUCAAAAUAAAUUGUUGUUGGAGUUUUUAACCCACUUAUUACAACAAAAGAAGGAGCAAAAAGAUCGGAUUAUUAAAGAGGUAAGUUUAAUCGAAUCCGAUAUUACGGUUGUUGAGAAUAAAUUAAAAGAAGUACAUAGUAAGUGCCCUACGUUGGAGGAUGUUGAAAGGGCGGUUUCGGCGCAAGAAACUAACCCGGAUAUGUCGGCGAUGAAAAAAGAGAUGAUUGAUUUAAUCGGAAAUAUUGGCUCAACUGUUAAAGAUGUUGAUGGGGUUGAGUCAAAACCGGAAGGUUUAACUUUAGCGAAUCGACGAAGGAGGAUGCACGCUCAUUUCGAUGAUUUCGUGCAAUGUUAUUUUACAACGCGGGCUCCCGAUUUAUACGAAAUCGAUAAGUUAACUAAAAAUGAGAUCCCCCCGAAAGGGUUGGACGAAUUUAAAGAUAACUUAGUUAAAUUCUCCAAGUAUAGCUCGGUACAAUUAUUAGCAACUUUAAAUUAUUCCUCCGAUUUAUUUAAUAACUCAACGAUUGUUUCAAGUAUCGAAUUCGAUAAAGAUAACGAACUCUUUGCAAUCGCCGGGGUUACGAGGCGAAUAAAAGUCUUCGAUUACGGCACUGUUAUCCGAGAUUCCGUCGACAUCCAUUACCCAGCCAUGGAGAUGGUUUCAAAUUCGAAAAUUUCUUGCGUAAGUUGGAACAGUUAUCAUAAAGGCAUGUUGGCAUCGAGCGAUUACGAAGGAACAGUAACGAUUUGGGACGCAUCAACGGGACAAAGGAUGAAAACGUUCCACGAACAUGAAAAGCGAUGUUGGAGCGUCGAUUUUAACGACAUCGACACGAGAUUAAUCGCUUCCGGUUCGGAUGAUGCACGAGUUAAACUUUAUUCCUUAAACGUCGAAAAUUCCAUUGCGACAUUAGAAGCGAAAGCUAACGUUUGUUGCGUCAAAUUUAACCCAAAAAGCUCCUACAACUUAGCGUUUGGAAGUGCGGAUCAUUGGGUUCAUUAUUAUGAUUUAAGAAAUAUGCGGGAGGCUUUAACGGUGUUUAAGGGACAUAAAAAAGCGGUGAGUUACGUGAAGUUCUUAAACAGCGAAGAAAUCGUUUCCGCCUCGACCGAUUCGCAAUUAAAAAUGUGGAAUAUAAAUAAACCGUUUUGUUUGAGAUCGUUUGUUGGGCAUAUUAAUGAAAAGAAUUUUGUUGGGUUAGCCACUGAUGGUGAUUAUAUCGCUUGUGGUUCUGAAAAUAACGCGCUUUACGUUUAUUAUAAAGGGUUAACGAAGAAAUUGUUUAGUCAUAAGUUCGAGGCGAUUCGUGGGAUUUUAGAGCAAGAACGAAGGGAGGAGGAUCCUAAUGAAUUCGUUUCGGCUGUUUGUUGGAAACAAAAUUCGAACGUGGUUAUUGCGGCUAAUAGUCAAGGCAUUAUUAAUAUUUUGGAGUUGGUGUGAAAUGAUUUUUUUUGUUUUGGUGGACAAUCAAACGUUGUUUAAAGUUGGAAUCGUAAAAUAAACGUUUUUAGAAUUCGAUGUGCUCUACUUAAUAAAUAAAUAGUCUAUUUCUUCGUGUUCUACACAAUACAGUUCAAAGGAUAUACGCACAAAUUUUAGUGUUUUAGCCGAGUAUACAGAAUCAUUUAUUGUAUGUACUUUAAAAAUGAAAAUGUAGCGGGAUAAUCGGUGUCUGGUUUAUUUACAAAAAUAUGUAUAUACAGUGUGUCUUCGGAUUGUCUUAAUAAAAAUUGUUGGUUCAAAAUAUAUUGUUAUGUUAACAUAGUUAUAUUCCACUUAAUCGGUUUAAUAAAUUAUUUAAUCAGUUUUUGAGGUUAUCACAACUGAUUAAUUAGAAUGUAACUAUGUCUAGAAAUAUUGUAUGAAUGUUGGGAAUCAUUACUUCUAAAAGUUGUAGAAGUCUGUCUCAAUUUCUUUUUCGCAGAAUUUUUCAAAUUAAUCACCUGUCCUUCUCUCCUACUUUCUGUUUAUCCAUAAUUUCAUACCAACCUUUCUCAUAUACGUCAAAAACAACACCUGGCAGUAUUUGUGAAGAUUUUGGCAUUAUUUUGCGCAUGAAAAUGAUAAUUGGAUUAAAUUCAGUGCCGUUGACACAACAUGAAAGGACAACAAUGUAAUACAUUUUUGAUCUCCACUUGUUUUUAUAGUUACAGUUGUAGCAGUUUUUAUGGCAACACUUCUGUUACUCAACACAUCAAAUGUCAGAGUCAUCUUUUAGUUUUGGCCAUCUUUUUGCAUUCAGUCAAAAUGGUUUUUUCUAUUGUUGGAAGGGCGAAAUGCCGCUCAGCUGUUCUAUAUCAUAUUUUUCUAUAUUCUUUUCCAUUACGAAAUUAGCUACUAACAAAGCUAAAUAAUUAGCUAAAAAGUGUAUGUUGUUUGAGGUUAUAAUGCAAAAUCAAUAUGGUUUCUUUUGUUAGAAACAUUAUCCAACCUUUGUCAUAUAGGUGAAAAACAACACCUGGCAGUAUUUGUGAAGGUUUUGGCAUUAUUUUGCGCUUGAUAAUGAUCAUUGGAUUAAGUUUAGUAUAUUCAGCACAACAUGAACGGACAACAGUGUAAUACAUUUUUUGAUGUCUUUUAUAGUUACAGCUUUAGCACUUUUUAUGGCAACACUUCUGUUACUCAGCACAUCAAAUGUCAGAGUUAUCUUCUAAUUUUGGCCACCUUUUCAUUCAUUCAGAAUGGUUUUUUCAAAAAUAUUAUAAUCAUUUUCAAUUCAAGUUUACUGGCACCGUAGACUGCAAUCAUAGGCUAGAUAGUGUUCUGGGUUUAUAACGGCGGGACGGGAGAUAGAUAGUGUUAGAAAUUUGUGAAUCCCCGCAAUUUAUGUUCGUCGCAUUGGCGCACUCCUACUGCUAGUUGAAUCUAAUGCUGCUAGAUAGAGAUAGGUUUCCCGCGGCAUCGAAUAUAUGGCUACUUUUUAAGACUGGCGGGAAUUUGAAAUCAAAUACUGAACAUUUUUAUAUUAAUUUCGAGUAUAAUGAAUUUGGACACAGUAAACAUUUGCAAAAUGACAAAAAAAAUUUUUUUCACGAACGACGCCAUUUUCUAAUACCUGGUGCUUCUGGGUUUUCUCUAGGAACAUUAAUUGAUCAAGAAUGCCGUCUCCUAAGCUUCUUUCCUUCAUAAAUUUUUCUAUUUCCCUUCCAACUUCUUCUCGAUCUUCUAGAUUUCCUCUUUCCUGCAGGUUUCCAGUUGAUAACUUGUUACUCUAUAACUCGUACCAUAUGAGUUAUCUACCUUUUAUCAUGUUCACUAUUGUAUAUGUAACUUGCAUAAUCUAUUUGGUAUUACUUUAUUGAGGAAAAUCCAUCUCUGUAGCUUAUAACACUCAUUUUGUUCCGCAUUUUGUUAUAACAUUCAUACGCUCCGAGUAUUUGUAUUUCAUGCAGCAUUUGAUUUGUUUCCUAUUUUCCAAUGUUCUCCGAUACACAUAUGUAUUUAUAUUUUGCUUUAUUAGUGUUGAUCUCAAGUCCCCUUGUGCUUUCUUCUAUAAGUUUACGCGUCAUAUAAUUUAUGUCGUCUUAAUCUUGUGCAAUGAGAUCGUUAGCGAAACGCAGUGUGUAAAACAUGUCAUCUUUCCAGCUUUUAUAAAUUUGUUCCAAAUAUAUCUUGAACAGCGUUGGUGAGAUACAACAAUUAUUUUUCAGACCGUUGGUUCCAUUAAAUCCUAUUAUUAACUUUUUGGCAAUUUUAAUUCUUCCAGCCCUUCACCCUUUUCCGUUAGCUACUUAGUUAGUUGCACCUUGUCCAGUAAAGAUAGACGUGAAAGUGGGAUUUGUUAGUAUGCCCUGCAUAUUCCAGAGUUUUGUUACACCAACGAGACCCAUACGGUAACCAAUUGACCCUUUUUUUAUUAUCUCCUAUUGGUUGAUCAAGUUGAUCAAUUAUUAUGGUGCAUAUUUAAAGUCCGAAUGAUAUUUUUAUACUUCUUGGAACAUAGAAAACGUCUUGAAGUCAUAAACUAGAGGAAAUUUUCAAUAUGUAAUGUGAUUUUCAUAAAGGUUGGUAAAACAUCAUUAUUCACACGAUAAUGCUCCUCAGGCUGAAAGUUUACAUAUUACUUACCAAAUUUAGAGUCUUGUUUUGUAAUCAACAGGUGCAAAUAUUUUGAGGUCAUAUCAUAAGGUCUGUUUGAAAUUAUCACAACUUUAAUCAGUUGAGAAUGUAACUAUGUCCAGAAAUAUUUUAUAAUGUAUAUGUGGUAUAAAUUUGAUGACGUCACAGGUGUCCUAAAAAAUGUAUAUUGUUUGAGGAUAUAAUGCAAAAUCAAUAUGGUUUCUUUUGUUAGAUAAAAAUCAUUUGCGGCGAAAUUGAUUGAUACGUAUAUAUAGUCGGCGUCAAAAGUAAUUAAAGAGGAACACUUUUGACGCAGACUGUAUUUGGUCUCCUUUAUACCUGCAGUUUCGUUUCCAGCUACCUCUCGCUUUAUCUUUGGUCUAUGUACUUUCUGGCUUCAACUUUUCCUCGAUCUUCCUGUCCUCCUCCUUCCAUUACAUUCUGUCUCACAUAUUUGUUUGACCAGGUUGUUUUCGCUCAUCCUUACCAGAUGUUCGAAACAUCUAAAUGAACUCUUCUGUUUUUAUUAUUAUUGGUUCCAUCCUUGUUACAACCCGGGGUGAGUUUUGACCUGCUGACAUCUUCUUACCACCUUCUAAUAUUCUAAUAUUAGACAUUCUUUGGAUAUGUUUAUACCAUGUGAAUUGUCUACCUUUUAUCUCGUCCACGAUUGCAUGCGUAACUUGUAUAAUCUCUCUUAUUUGGUCAUUUGGUAUUCGUUUAUUGAGGCUCUCCUGCCGAAAUCCAUCUCCAUGUUUCUAACAUUCAUUUUGUUAUUUGGCCACACUUCACAGCUCUUUACGAUAGCAGUAUAAUAACAUUAUUAUUAACACUCUCUUAUACUUCUCAGAUAGGAAAUCCAGAUAAACAACGUAAUUGUAUAUUAAUGUUUCAAUCCCAAAGUACUUCAUUUAAUACCAUGAAUGUUAGAUUUCGUUGCUUUCCUCCGAUAUUGUUUUAUUAGUGUUUAUUUCUAGUCUCAAUUUCUGAUAUUUUUCCAUAAGUUUUCGCGUCAUAUAAUUUAUGUCAUUGUCAUUUUAUGCAAUGAAUAGCCUUGGUGAGAUAUAACACCUUGUCCAAAGGUCUGAAUCCUGUUGUUAACUUUUUACCGAUUUCAAUUCUUCUGGACAUCGAGAAGUUAGCCCGAUGUUCCAACCCUUCAUCAGGAGGGCCGAGAUUCUUUUCCGUAGGUAUUGUCUUCCUUAGCCAACCAGUUCCAGAUUCUGAAAAAUCGCCUUUCACCCUCUUUCAUUAGCUACUUUGUUACACAGUGCCCAGUGGUCACGAUAUAGACAUGGAAGUAGGAUUUGUUGUAUAUCUUUGAAAGCUGCGGGCGUUCCCAGAGUUUUGCUACAUCCAAGGCAUCGGCAACUUCAGUGCCUCCGAGAUUCCUACGCUAACCAUUUAUCACUAAUGUGGUAAAUGGUAAUCAACUGGACUUCUAGAAGGUAAUAAUUUUGAGCUUAUUCUUAUUUUCUAUUGAUUGAUCAAAUCGAUCAAUUAUUAUGGCACCGAAUGACAUUUUUAUACAUUUUGGGUAUAUAUAACACUGUUGUAGUAUUUCUUGGAACUCAAACAUACUGGUACAUAGCAGACGUUGUCUUGUAUUCACAAAAUAGAUGGAGUUGAUUUUCGUUUUUUUCUGGCUGUGCCUAUAUGUGUAAUAUUGUGAUGAUCAUAAAGAUUAGCAAUAAGGUCAAUGAGUGAAUUAAUUACUGCAAGAUAUAUAGCUCUAAAUUUAGAGUAUGAUUUGUUUUGUCAUCAACAAGUGCAAAUAUCACAACUGGUUAGAAUGUAGCUAUGUCCAGAAAUAUUUUAUGAUGUAUAUGUGGUCUAAAUUUGAUGACAUCACAGGAAUCCUAAAAACUGUAUGUUGUUUGAGGUUAUAAUGCAAAAUCAAUAUCAUUUCUUCUGUUACAUAAAAAUCGAAAAGUCAAAAACUGUCAGUUGGGGUGAAAUUGAUUAACAUGUAUAUAUAGUGCGCGUCAAAAGUAAUUAAAGAGGAAUACUUUUGACGCAGACUGUAUAUCGGUCUUCCUUAUACCCUUAGGUAUUGGCAUUGUAGUUUCUGCAGUAUCAUUUCCAUCCUCUUUUCUUAUUUUUGGUCUCCGUCUAUGUACUUCUUGGUUUCAACUCUUCCUCGGUCUUCCUGUCCUCCUUCCAUUACAUUCUGUCUCCCAUAUUUGUUUGACCAGGUUGUUUUCGCUCUUUCUUACUAGGUGUCCGAACUAUCUAAAUGAACUCUCUUCUGUUUUUAUUAUUAUUGGUUAUUUAUUGGUUCCAUUCUUGUUACACCUUCUUCUUCUUAAUUUAUUAGCGCUACAACACGGAGUGAGUUUUAGCCUGCUGAGUCAUUUUUCGCCAUUCCGCCCUCUCUCGAUAUCUCGCUCUCCAUAGUCUUACUUCAAUUUUUUUCAGAUUCUCUCUGACAUCUUCCUACCAUCUCAUUCUUGGUCAUCCUCUCAUUUAUCUACCUUUAGUUUUUUCCAUAGCCCCUCUAUUCUAUGACUUUUUAUAGAUCUGGGCAAAGACAGUAGAAUCUAACAAGACUGCUACAUCUAUUGUUGUGACAACGCAGACUACGUCACACUAUUUUCCACGUCCAGUCAGGUGUUAUUGUGUUCUAUGCAUAUUUUUAUAGGUUAUAUCAUAGACAUAUUCAUAGUAACCUCAAAAUUAUAUCUUAAUGAUAAUAACCUCUAAAAACACACAGCAAACACAUAGACAGUUAACUGGGCGUGGAAAAUAGUGUGACGUAGAGUGCAGGCAACCAACCAGUAGUGUUAGCGUCUAUUAUGUUAUUUAAUUCAAUCUCAUUUUCUCUGUGCCUUCAUUAUUUUGCAUUGUGCCAUAAUUUUUUUCGCAUCACGUCGUGUUAAUAUCCAUACUUCACAGCCAUAAGUUACAAUUUUCGCUUUUAUGUCGUUGCUGGUGUGCUCAAGACGUUCAUGGGUUUUCCAUGAACUGUCUCUUUCUCCUCAUGACAUUUUGUACUUCCGGCAGUGUCAUACCAGGCCUGAGGGGCCUUUUCCUUCCUUAGCCUUCUUAUGAUAUAAAGACCUACGAGUGGGUAACUUUGUACUCUGGUUAGUUAUUCCACAUAUUUUUUGACAUUAAAGCCUUUUUCCAUGCUCUGCAUGCGUAUGAAGCCAUAUUUCAGGACCAAUCAUCUUCCUCUUGUCGUAGGCUUGGUCUAUAUGUUGAUCCCAUAACCCUUUGCAGAGAUUUUAUCGUCUUAUGUGCCUUGUCUGUUGUUUAUAUCAUGCAGGGAUUGCUCAGUUGGGAUUUUCUAGCCCACUACAUCAAUUUUCAUUUUUCUACACAUUAUAAUGAAGACAACCCUAUUUCCUCCAUUACAUCACGUAUGUGUUUCAAGACGCGCUCCGCAAUUUUUCUAAUUUCUCCUUCUUCCCAUCCUGCCAUAAUUAAUAUAUAUGUUCCAGAGAAGUGGCUUCAGCACCGAAUCUCCAGCUCUUCCAGCAAUCUUAUAUUUGGGAAAUGGCUAUUCCUUAGCAAUUUCUGAUAUGCUGGUGCUCUCUUUGACUUAAGGUUCUUUUCAAUGAUGGAGAUAUUUCUUUUUCCAUCGGGGAAGAGCUGUUUAAUAAUAUCACCUCAACUUGUUGCUCUAAGACGAUUCGAUUUAGAUUCCCUAAUGUUUUAAGAGCUAUCUUUGCACGCAUCCUUCUAUACAUCUCUCUUCAAGUCAACACAUAAGCUUUUCCAUGUAUUCCUCUUGGCCGCCUUUAUCUCCCUCUUAUACUCUCUUCUGGCUUCGUCAUAAUUGCUAUAAAUAAAACUUCUUGUCAUUUCUGCAACUACUUAUUACCCAACAUACUCAGUUGUUGAAUGACAUACACUAGAUUCUUUGGGCAGAUUGUAACAAAGGAUUCUUCUUGGUAUAGGACAUUUUUUAAAAGUUUUUGAUUUAAUGCCUUAAACAAAUUACAUAUACAUACAUUGCGUUAAUUAAUUGUCGACCCGACGUCAUCAUUGUAAGUAUGCAACCAAAUACGCAAAUCGCGUAUUGCAAUACUAAUACUGUGAUAUUGGUUGCAUACUUGAGUUUCUUAUAUAAAACAUUCCGAUGAGACACUGCAUAAAUUACAAUAAAUUUAAUAAAAAAGAAAAUGGUCUUGAUCAAAUAUUAUCUUUAUGAAUUGUUUAUAAAUUCGUUAUUGAUAAUUUUUGAUGAUGACGCAAAAAAAAAAAAUUAAUUCCGUACUUGUAUUGUGUGUCUAAGAAAUGAAAAAAGAAAACCUGGUAAAAAAAGUACAAUUAUUAUUAAUUUUCAAAUCUUCAUUAGUUUGACGAAAAGGUACUUUCAUGUAAAACUUUUGUAAAUAGUUUUGUAUAUAAAUUAAAUAGUUUAUCGUGUUGGGACGAAAAAAAAGUUUAUUGUUAAGUAAAUAAUUAAUUAAAAAAGUUAACUAAAGAGAAAAGAUUUAAGUGAAUAAGAAACUUAGAUUUAAGUUUUAAUUUUAAGUAAAUGAAAACCAAAACGUCCCAUCAACAGUGAUUUUGUGAUUAUUCCCAGUUUGUCAACCCAACCCGAACAAAUUUUUGGGACGUUUCAACAAUAAAAGCCAGGUUAACAUUAAAAAUUGUAUUUGGAUAUUUAAAAAUAAGAUUAAACCAGCCUUAGAUUAGGAUUACUUGUUGUAUUAUAAAUUAUAAUAAUAAAUGAUGUGAAAGAAA